CUGCCCAUCGCCUCGCCGCUCAUAUUCCUUGUCUCGGCUCGCUUCCACGACCCGCCCUCUCUCGCCGUUGUGGUGGGCACUAUAUAGCUCUAGCAUUCGAUCCGUCGAACCACCGAACGAACGAAGUAGCAGUAGAGGAGAAGGGAUUUGAAUUAGAGAUUUGGAUAGAAAAGAAAGGAAAAAAAAGAAGCAAUGGCAACGAGGGUGGAUCUGGACGGGAAUCUCAUCAAACCGAUGACGAUCUGCAUGAUUGGGGCCGGGGGUUUCAUCGGCUCCCACCUCUGCGAGAAACUGAUGGCCGAGACCCCUCACACCGUUCUCGCCGUCGACGUCUACAACGACAAGAUCAAGCACCUCCUAGACCCCCCACCGCCGGAGCAGCAGGGCGGCCGCCACCCCUGGGACGGCCGGAUCCAGUUCCACCGCCUCAACAUCAAGAAUGACUCCCGCCUCGAAGGCCUUAUCAAGAUGUCUGAUCUGACUAUCAAUCUGGCGGCAAUCUGCACGCCGGCGGACUACAACACCCGUCCUCUCGACACUAUAUACAGCAAUUUCAUCGACGCCCUUCCAGUGGUCAAGUAUUGCUCGGAGAAUGGCAAACGUCUCAUUCACUUCUCGACUUGUGAGGUGUAUGGGAAGACGAUUGGGUUCUUCCUCUCAAAGGAUCAUCCGCUGCGACAGGAUCCAAUGUUUUAUGUUCUCAAAGAAGAUGCCUCACCAUGCAUUUUUGGUCCUAUUGAGAAACAGAGAUGGUCAUAUGCAUGUGCAAAACAACUCGUUGAGAGGCUAAUAUAUGCUGAGGGUGCAGAAAAUGGACUCGAGUUUACCAUUGUAAGGCCUUUCAACUGGAUUGGACCAAGGAUGGAUUUUAUACCGGGAAUUGAUGGUCCAAAUGAGGGUGUUCCUAGGGUUUUAGCAUGCUUUAGUAAUAACCUUUUACGUGGUGAGCCUCUUAAGCUUGUUGAUGGUGGCCAGUCCCAAAGAACUUUCGUGUACAUCAAGGAUGCCGUAGAAGCUGUUCUCUUAAUGAUUGAAAAUCCUAACCGAGCAAAUGGUCAGAUCUUUAAUGUGGGAAAUCCUAAUAAUGAGGUUACAAUAAAGCAACUUGCUGAAAUGAUGACACAGGUUUAUUCAAAAGUUUCAGGAGAGCAACCACUUGAGCAGCCAACAAUUGAUAUAAGCUCCAAGCAGUUCUACGGUGAUGGAUAUGAUGACAGUGAUAAGCGGAUUCCAGAUAUGACUAUAAUCAACAGGCAACUAGGUUGGCACCCAAAGACUCCACUCUGGGAUCUGCUUGAGACAACAUUGACUUACCAGCACCGAACAUAUGCAGAAUCCAUCAAGAGGGCACUUGCAAAAACUGUUGCAUCCAGUUAAGGUCAGGACACUUGGAUCGGAUCAGCAAGUUGGUUACCACUAGUCAUCACUUGGGUUUCUGAUAUUCUUUAAAAGUAACCAUAUGCAUUUAACUUUCUUUGGCAAUUUUUUUUUGAUGUUAGUAAGUGAUGGCAAAGUAUUGCAACCCUAAAAUUCAUUAUUUGUAUGCACGCUGCAAGGAUAGGAUGAUAGGGAUGUUUUUUGUGUUGGUGCCAGCUUUUAUCUGACCCUUCUUCCUACCCAUGCAGCUAA